AUGUACGUACGUGAUUCGUUUCGCGCCAACCCGAUCCCGAACGGCCCAAAACAAAUAGUUCCGAGAACGGCGCACUUUCAUAACUCCGCCAAAUUGACACCUCGCCGGGGCGCGGGAUUCGUAAGUGGCCGAUUACCGCGCGCCGAGAUCCCGUUGUCGAUAAGUCGGGCGAUACGCGCCCUUCCCUACCCGGCUUACGGCGCUCGCGGCCGCAGACCGGCCGGCCGCGCUCGGACGCCGAUAAGUGACGGCGUUCCGAUGCCUUCUCUCCCAUCACGAGUGUCGAUGAGUAGUGGUGGCCCCAGGCCGGUGGUGGUUUUAGCAGCGGCCCGCUUAUUAGGCGAGUGGUUCCAGAGCUAUGCGGCUGCA